AUGGACAAGCUAACUAAUUUUACUCGUGGUAUCAACACUACAACAACAUCUUCGAUAUCAGAGCAGAAUUGUGCUUCAAAUUCAUCAAGUUCAGCAUUUCUUGAUAGAUUGUUGAUUACUUCUCCAUCCUUGAAUUCUGUAAAUCAAGAUUUGAGAUGGAUCUUUCUUCUUCAUACUUAUGGAUUUGCAUGCCUUUUCUUUGUACUUGGAUUUUACACUUUUUUCUCCAUUUUAAAUUUAAGGUCCCUUAUAUCAAGCCGUCCUUUUAUGUCAACGAUUAAUUUAUUUUUAUGUUUAUUGGGCGCAUCAAGGGCUGCAUGUUUAUUUAUAGAUCCUUACAAUCUUAAAGAAAUAAUGCCAAAGAUUAUAGGAUCUACUUUGUGGGAUAUUGGAUUUCCUUGUAUUACUUCUGCGUUCUGUCUAAUACAAUUGACCUUCUUGCAAUUAACACAACUUAAGUUUGGACCAGAAAAAAUACAAAAGGAAUCAUGUCUAAGCCUUAUUAUAACAGGACAUUUUUUUUUUGUAAUUGUAAGCGACGUUGCUUUAACAUCACAUAAUUGUUAUAUGGCAAAAUAUGUGGUGCAAACAGUAUUCCUGAUAUGGAGUAUUCUUUUAUAUUUAACAUUUCUUCAUGCAGGCUAUAAAGUCAUGCAUUUACUAAGAACAAUGCCAAGUAGUAUGUUAACAAGAGACAAUUCUAAUGCUCAUCACAAAGGUAUUAUGCAACUUGCUAUGCUAGCACCAUAUAGCAAUCUUGCGACAUCAGUAGCAGCUGCUGCAUUGGUGCCUACUUUACUUGGUCCUAAAAUCAAAGAUUUAGAAAAGAAUGAAAAUGUCAACGUUGAAGGAGAUUCAGAAUAUAAUAAUAAAGGUUCUUUUAAAAUAUGUAAAAAACGAGAACAAGAUCAAAUGGAAGUGUCUCGUAAUAUUUCAUCAACCAUGCGUGAAGAAACACCUGUUCAACCAGUAUCUACUGUACCUGAAGUUUAUGUUAGGCCACCGACACCUACUCCAUCAACUGCAAAUUUGCCAAUAAUAACAGUCUCCAGUCCAAGUCGAAGAAGUUCUUUAGCUAGUAGACGUGGGAGUGAUGCAUCUCAUCAUUCAUCACGUAGAAAUUCAGAAUGUAGUGUUAAAUUUAUAAACGAAGAAGAUCUACCAAUUAAUGACUUUAAAUAUAGCACUGAAUUCAGUCCUAAACAUUCUCCUAGUAUUGAUAGAUGUCAAUCACCGGAACGAAUAACGCGACGACAUUCUGAGAAUAUUACACCAACUGGUAGUACGAAAGAAUUAAGAAGGAGUUCUGAUUUUUCUCAUGAAAAAAAUCGUAGCUCUCAGUUUGCAACUAAAUUGAGAAGAAACAGUGAUUUCGGUAACAGAACGCCAAGAAGAAUGUUACCACCAGUUGAACAGAGAUUACCAAAAGUUUUAGAUCUCAGUCCUACAGGUUCACGACGUAAUUCCGACAUUGGUACUUUUAUAUCUCCUAAACAUGAGUCACGAAGAAAUUCUGACAUAUCCUACAGACGGAAUUCUGAAUUGGCUCAAAUCAAACCAUUAGUUAUAAAUCGUCGUAAAAGCGAUAUAAGUAUUAGAACAUUGGAUAAAAGUCCUACUCAUUAUCAAUGUAUAGUUCCUCAAAAAAUAGAAAUACAGGAGAAAUCUGAAUCUGAUUCAGAUCAACCGGAUUGUAAUGAAAAAGCUGCAUUGAUGAAUGAAAAGAUGAAAAAUAAAGGGGAAGAUGCAAAAAUUCGUAAGAAGAGUUUAUCUUGGAAAACUGAUAAAAGUAAAGACGAAUCCGAAGAAAUAACAGCAGAAACUAAUUUGCUUCCUGAAAAUUCUGCAACGGAGAAUAAAAUAACGAGUACUGACUUUACAUUGCAUUCAAUACUAAAUCACAUAGCAUACGUGAAUAGAGCUAAAUCUGAUGCACCGUUGCAUAUACCAGAAGCCACUACUGCAGCCAUCAGAAGAUCUCAAAUUCGGAGAGUAUUAAAUGUCACUUAUGCUACUGCAAUUUUAGGAAUUGUAUUAUGUAUCACAGAUCUUGCUCGUGUUUUUGGACCUUAUGGACUUUUAGCAGAGACAGUAGCAUACAAUACGCAGCCAUUGUUUACUCAGUUCCCAAAGCCAUGGCCUUGGUUAUUGUAUCAAACAUUAUGUAGAGCCGUAGAGCUCAUAAUGGGCUGUGCAAUGGCAAGUAUAACAAAACAACCAUCGGUAAGCCCACGUCAUCAAUAUUUAAAUAGUUAUCCCAAUUAUAGCACACGUGUGAAACGGGGUAACAAUCUUUAUAUAUAAAGCAAUACUCAUGUCACAGUCUUCAUAUAAUUAGACUGAAGAACCAAGAUGCCAAAUUGGAUAUUUCCAUAAUCUUCUUAUAUACCAUCUAUCUAUCUAUCUAUCUAUCUAUCUUCAUUAAAACAUUUAUAGAUUAUUCUUGUAUGACCAUCUUCUACUAAAGUAUAAUAAUCUUUACUACAAAAAUAACAUUAUAAUCAGAACAAAUUGUGUGUCUCUAGACGUAUAACAGUCAAGUAACAACAACCUAUUUCUAUUCAAUUGUUUCCCCCUGUUUCAUACUUAAAUAAAUCUAAGUUAUAUUUCUAUUUUACAACAACAACAACAAUAAUAAGAAAAAUCUUCAAGAUAUAUUUUAUUUUGAUAUGACUAUAUUUUUAAUGCUAACUGGGUGUGGUGAAACUCAAAAUAAAUGAAAAGAUAAAAGAA